UCUGUCGAGUCCCCAGUUCUGUCACAAAAGACAAAUGCAUGCUCUGAUUUUCGCAACCCUAAAACCCUUCUUCUUUGUUAAGAUUGUUACUGUGAUUUCGCAAAAAACCCUUUUUCCUGCUUCUGAGAUGCCUCCUAAAGGCAAAGGAAAUGGGAAGAAGAAAGGUAAAGGUAAAGGAAAAGGAACUUCAAAAGAACCAAAAUGCAGAGCUGCAGCAGAACCAGAACCAACUUCCCACUUCUAUUUCCCAAGAGAAAUCAUCUCUAACAUCCUUUCCCGUCUCCCUGUCAAAACCCUUUUACGAUUCAGGUGUGUUAGCAAGCAAUGGCGAAACCUCAUUUCCAAACCCGAUUUCAUCGCCUCCCAUUUCCGUCACUCUUCUUCUUUGCAGUUCUCCGGUUCAUCUAUUCUUAUAGGCAGCCGUCAUCACGAGUCUAAUCAUCAUGUAGUCUCACUAUACAAUCCGCCGGAAUCAGUUGUCCAGGUGGACAGCCCCUUCCCCUGUUUCUUCCCCAAUAUGUACAUUGUGGGUCCUUGCAAUGGCUUUAUCUGCCUUUUUAAUCCACCAUGGGGUGAACUGAUUACCCUUUGGAACCCGGCGAUGAGGAAGUAUAAGAUGGUGGAGCUCACUGAUAGCUUGCCCCGUCAGGGACUGCACUUUUUGGCGUCUAUUGGAAUGGCUUUUGAUUUCCAACAAAACGAUUUGCUGAUCUUGAGAAUCUUUUGUGUGGGCAUAAUGUAUGCAGUCCCGAACCAUGUUGAGAUGUAUUCGAGUAAGAGUGGGAAAUGGAAGAAGCUGAAAAAUGAGAUGAUUUUUCAUAUUCUUGAGUUUACUUGCAAUGUGAUUGUUAAAGGGGUGGCGUAUUGGUUGGUUUGUAUGCCUGAUAAGUUCGGAUCGCGUGCUGUGUUUGUGCGAUUUGAUGUGGGGAAACUAGUGUUUGAGAAGUUACCUUCGAUAGGAAGGUGUAAGAAGCAUCAAUAUCUUGUGGAAUUGGAGGGUUCUCUUUGUAUGUUAGACUGGGAUCAUAAAGAUGAUUGUCAUAUGGAUGUUUGGGUAAUGGAUGAUGUAGAUGGUUGGAGUAAGAAAUACAGUGUUGGACCGUUAGUCGGGUUUGACCUAAUAUUGGGUUGUUUGAGGAAUGGUGACAUUGUAGCUAAGAAUGAAAAUGGAGUGAUAUUCUUGUGUGAUCCCAUAACUAGUUCAAUCAAGGAAAAAUUCAGCUUUGAUAAUAAUAAGGAUGGAUCAUAUGUGAUUGUUGAUUAUUCAGAGAGCCUAUUUCUGAUUGGAGGGAUGCUACCUGUUAAGAAGCAAGAUGCUCAAGAUAAAUUGGCGCGCAAAAAAGUCACAAGGGAUUGCUUAAAGUUCUUGAUGGGACAACCCUCAGAAAUCAUCAUACCUUGAUUGCUUGCUCCUUUUUGGCUAACCAGUAACCUCAGAGAUGGCAUGAAGAACUUUUUGUUGUCUUUAGUUUUUUGGUGAAUUCAUGUUUGUGGUAUAAUACUUUUUUGAGUUCUCUUUCGAUUCGUAACAUCUAUUUUUAUGUUGCCUUUCUUCUUCACCCAAUGUUUGCCCUGUACUUGGUAUUUUUUUUGCAUAUGUGAACUGGUCUCACUGUGUCAACGAUGAUUUGUUCAUGUGUAUUGGGUAAAGGUGUUUAAUUAAUAUG